CCCAAAGAGGCGGGGCCAAAGCUGUGAGGGGCCGCGGGAACCCCCCCGGGGUUGGGGCAGGACGAGACGAGAUGCUGCCGUGCUCGCUGUGGCCGCUGCUGGCUCUGGCCCUCGGGGGGUCCCCCCACGCCCCCCAACCCCAUUUCGGGGCUCCCCACGGCCACGAGGACCCCCAGGGGCUCUUCUAUGACCACGCCGCCCUUUGGGGGGCGCAGGAGGCGCGGGAGCAACGGGAGCUGCCCCCGGAGGAGUCCCGCAGGAGACUGGGGCUCCUGGUGGGGCUGAUGGACGCGGACGCCUCGGGGCUCCUGUCCCGGGCCGAGCUGCGCGCCUGGAUCCUGCGCAGGCACCGCGGCUCCCGCCAGGCGGCGCUGCGGAGCGAGAGCGCCCGGCUCGAUCGCGACAGCGACGGCGUCGUGACAUGGCACGAGUUCAGCGCCCAGAGCUUCGGGGACACCCAGGAUUUUGGGGGCUCUCCCGACCCCGAGGCGCACCGGAAGCUUCUGGAACGUUCCCGGCGCCGUUUCCGCGCCGCCGACGAGGACGGGGACGGGCGGCUCGAGGCCGCCGAGCUCGACGCCUUCCUGCACCCCGAGGACUUCCCCCGGCUCCAGGACCUCGUGGUGCAGGAGACGAUCGAGGACCUGGAUCGGGACGGGGACGGAUUCGUCCAGGUGGACGAGUACAUCGCUGAUUUAUUCGAGGGCCCCCCCGGCUCCCCGGAGCCCCCCGAGAUCCAGCGGGAACGGGAGCAAUUCCUGCGCGUUCGGGACCAGGACCGGGACGGGCGCCUGGGACCCCCCGAGGUCAAACUGUGGCUCAGCCCCCCCAGCCCCGACUGGGCCGGCGUGGAGGCCGAGCACCUGAUCCACCACGCCGACCAGAACCAGGACGGGGCCCUGAGCCGGGAGGAGAUUUUGGGCCGUUGGGAGCUUUUCGUGGGGAGCAGAGCCACGGACUACGGGCAGGACCUGCACAGGGGCCACGACGAGCUCUGAGCCCCAAAACACGCUCAGGAACCCCCAAAAACCUCCCAAAAUAGUCCCCAAAAAUUCCCAAAAAUAUCCCAAAAUAUUUCCAAAAUAUUGCUCAAAAAUAUCCCAAAAAAUUCCACAAAAAUAG